ACCUCUCCUCUGCAGCUCAGAAAGAGAGGGAGUGAGGCAGAGAGAGAGCGCGAGAGCGAGAGGAGGCCGGGGAUAAAGCACGGAGAAAGCCUGGAUCGGUUCCGCUGUGCGCGUGCAGAUGUGUACCGUAUACACGGCAACGGCAACGGCGCGUGAACUUGAGGAGUUUUAUUUGGUUCAAGACGCACCGGACAUCUCCUCGGGAGAGAACUGAAGGGGGACUCACCUGGUUGCUACGAAGACAGUUUUAAUAUUUUAAUUGAUCACCAAGCAUCUUCAUGCCGUCCAACACUACCACACUGCCACCAUCAGAGGACCCCACUACACACAUGUGUGAUGACAGAGCGGUCCAUGUGGGCCCAGAGGAGGGGAGUUUAGCCAGCCCACCCCCACUCUGCAGAGUUGAUAGACCCAACAGACAACACACUCUUUCUGACUCAUGUGAGAUGGCCCCCCCCACACCCCCAGAGGAAGUUGACCCCUCCCCUCGCAGGAAACGGGGCCGGCGGAAAAUGGAGCCUCUGGAGCCGAAGGACCCCAACAUGGAGGGGGAAGGCAGCAGGCCGCGCAGAAGGCCGGUUCCCAGAGAGACCUUUCAGGCUGGAGAUCCUUUUUACAUCAGCAGGAGACAGAGAGACAAGUGGAUCAACCGCUGGAGUAGAGAGGCUGAGACGCAGGCCAACCAAGAGGCUGUGAUGAGCGUGAUGGAGGACCUAUCAGAGCCAGAGUUUCAGAAGGAGGAGGAGCCAGCAGCCAGUUUAGCCACUCCCACACCCCAGCAACACACUGACCCUGCCUCUCCCACCAUCGCCAUGACGCCAGAGCCUGUUGCCAGGGGCCACCGGGCCACACCCAGAGAUUCAGAGUACAAGGAUGGUAGAGGGUUUGGUUUGGGCUGUCUGGUGUUCGGGAAGCUGCGUGGGUUCUCCUGGUGGCCCGGGCGCAUCGUCUCCUGGGUGAUGAGUGGGAGGAGCCGUGCAGCAGAGGGAACACGCUGGGUCAUGUGGUUCGGAGACGGGAAAUUCUCUGUGGUGUGUGUCGAGAAGCUGAUGCCGUUGAGCUCCUUCUCCUCAGCCUUCCACCAGCCCACCUACAACAAACAGCCCAUGUACAGGAGAGCUAUAUAUGAGGCACUACAGGUGGCGAGCAAGCGUGCCGGCAGGCCUCUCCCCUCUUGUGAUGGUGGUGAUGAUGCAGAGGGUGGGGGGGCGGAGCUACAGAAGCAGAACAGGAAGUUGAUAGAAUGGGCCAUGACAGGCUUCCUGCCCAGCGGACCUCAGAGUCUGGACCCCCCUGAUGAGGAGAGACACCCAUAUAAGGACGUGUAUCCUGAGAUGUGGGUGGAUCCGGAGGAAGCUUACACCCCACCCCCUCCGACCAAGAGGCCCCGCAAGAACGUUGCUGAGAAACCCAAGAUCAGAGAGGUCAUCGACGAGGGGACUAGAGAGCGACUCAUCCAAGAGAUCAGACAGAAGACCAGGAACAUGGAAGAUAUCUGUAUCUCCUGCGGUAGCCUGAACGUCUCCCUGGAACACCCUCUCUUCAUCGGAGCCAUGUGUCAGAGCUGCAAGAACUGCUUUCUGGAGUGUGCGUACCAAUACGAUGAUGAUGGAUACCAGUCGUACUGCACUAUCUGCUGUGGAGGACGGGAGGUCUUGAUGUGUGGAAACAACAACUGCUGCAGGUGUUUCUGUGUGGAGUGUGUGGAUCUUUUGGUGGGUUUGGGUUCGGCGUCAGCUGCGAUCAGAGAGGACCCCUGGAACUGCUACAUGUGUGAAACACACAACACACACGGGUUACUACGACGACGCGACGACUGGCCGUCACGACUGCAGGUGUUCUUCGCUAACAACCAUGAACAGGAGUUUGAGGCAGCCAGGUUGUACCCUCCUGUAGCAGCUGAGAGGAGACAGCCAAUCAGAGUCCUCUCUCUGUUCGACGGUAUCGCCACAGGUCUCUUGGUGCUCAGGGACCUAGGUAUUCAGGUGGACAGGUACGUGGCUUCAGAGGUGUGUGAGGAUUCUAUCACCGUGGGGAUCGUACGUCACCAUGGUUCCAUCAUGUAUGUUGGAGACGUACGCAACGUCACACGCAAACACAUCCAGGACUGGGGUCCGUUUGACCUGGUGAUUGGAGGAAGUCCCUGUAACGAUCUGUCCAUCGUCAACCCCGCCAGGAAGGGACUCUUCGAGGGUACCGGACGGCUGUUCUUUGAGUUUUACCGGCUGCUCCACGAGGCCCGUCCCAAACCAGACGACCACCGACCGUUCUUCUGGCUCUUUGAGAACGUCGUUGCCAUGGGGAUCAGCGACAAGAGAGACAUCUCACGAUUCCUCGAGUGUAACCCAGUGAUGAUCGAUGCCAAAGAAGUGUCUGCUGCUCACCGCGCCAGAUACUUUUGGGGAAACCUGCCGGGCAUGGGGCGUCCUCUCACAGCCAUGGUGAAUGAUAGGUUGGAGCUACAAGACUGCCUGGAGCACGGACGCACAGCCAAGUUUGGGAAGGUGCGCACGAUAACAACGCGGUCUAACUCGGUGAAGCAGGGGAAGGAUCAACACUUCCCUGUUUACAUGGACAACAAGGAGGACAUACUCUGGUGUACUGAGAUGGAAAGGGUUUUUGGGUUCCCGGUCCACUACACAGAUGUGUCCAACAUGAGUCGUCUCUCCAGACAGCGUCUGUUGGGGCGGUCCUGGAGCGUUCCAGUCAUACGACACCUCUUUGCCCCGCUCAAAGAGUACUUCGCCUGCAACUAACACAAACACACACACACACACACACACACACACACACACACACACACACACACACACACACACACACACACACCUCAACUGAAAGAGUUCUCAGCCUGGAGCCCCGCCCAUGACCCACAGGCCGAUGCCCAACCAGAAAGGUUCCAGCCCCACCUCGGUGUUAACCAAUCACAAGCCAGGAUACGCCCCAACCCCGGUGUUUACCUAUCACAAACCAGGGAACACCCCCACCCCGGUGCUAACCAAUCACAAACUUAACCUGUUAUCCAGCCACAAAACAAUACUCCGACAACAUGGACUGUCUCUCUUCCAGUCUCUCUGUCACACACACACACAUACACACACACACACAUACACACACACACACACACACACACACACACCUCAGAUUCCAUGGUGCUACACACACACACACACACACACACACACACACACACACACACACACACACACACACACACACACACACACACACACACACACACACACACCUCAGAUUCCAUGGUGCUAGUUGACAAGGUGCUUCAACACUCAGUAGUGGUUAAUCUCCUCUACAUCUCCCUCCUGUACUGUUAAUCACAUCUAUGGUGCUACACACACACACACACACACACACACACACACACACACACACACACACACACACACACACACACACACACACACACACACACACACACACACACAGAGAAGUCACUACCAGGUCUUUGUUCAGUAGUUUCAUUAGUUUGCAGUGUUUCUUUCUCUUCAGGUAGCAGCUUGUUUUCUACUGUCUCUAAGUGCAGCGUAGCAGAGGGGUUAACGGUCAGGGUUCUACAGUUAAGCGUUGUGGGGUUAGUUCAGCAUGAUGAGACCCGAGGUUAGCACCUCGUCUUUAGUUCAGUGGGCUAACGUGGUCUCGUGGCGCACAGACAAUCCAGGUUUACACAGCAGUCAAUCACACUAGUGGGUUACACAGUUUGCUGCACACGCACACACGCACACACACACACACACACACACACACACACACAGUUGUGAUGAGCUGUUUCCAACCCUGUGCUCCGUCACGCGCAAACACAGCUGUCUCCCAUGGUGCAGUGGGGCGUAAUGUCAUAAGGUGCUCGCUUACGGUAAUAUGGUUACUCUGGGUUACCAUCAAUUACUAUCUGUCAGUAUAGUGAGUGGUCUGUUGUACUGUAGGGGAAGGGGCUUGGGGGGUGGGAUGUUUAUUUGUUGUUUGAUGUGAUUUACUGUUGGUUAUUUGAUUGACAGGUGAUAAAGUCAACGAGGGUAUCACCCGUUGAGAGUUGUAACAGGGUGGAGACCGAGCACAGAGGCACGCUCCUCUCACGGCUGGAAUGAAAUGUGUUUUGAAGAGGGGAUGUUUCAAAAAGGUGCUAAAAUUAAAAAUAUGACAAAUCUAGAAUAUAUCAAAUCUAUAGUUAGAAUAAGGUUGUCUUUCCAAUGGCUGUAUUUAGUUGUGGUAGAGAGUCAAAGGCAAUAUUAUGUACUCUUGUAUGCAGAAUAACUAAAGCAGAAUAACUAAAGGCAUUUUAACUUUGUACUUGAACCUGUAAUGAAUAAAGGAUUCGUGUUUUAGCCUAGAGAUAAUGUCUGGCACGCUGAUCGUGUAUUGUGUCGUACAUAUACCUUCUUCUUCCCCAGCAAACCGGGAACAUUCCCAGAACGUUAGCUCAGAUUCCCAUUAAGUUCUAGUUCGGGUUUUAUGUAACAUUAGGAUGAUAUCAUAUAUUUAUUCAUCCAAUGUGUUUUUUAGAGAACAUUCCAAGGAUAUAUAUCAUGUAACAUUUAACAACCACAAUAGAACAUUCCCCAAAAGUGUGUAUGUUUGUAUAAAACAUUUGCAUGAUGUUGCUAGAACAUUCCUAUAACAUAUGUAAUGUGUUCUUUAAAAGGUUCCCAGAAUGUUUCUUUAGGUUGUGGGAACAGUCUGGUGGGAACAUCACAAAAAUAUAUGUUCCAGAACACCAGAACUGUCCACUUGUGUGGCUCAUUCUACAACUUUUCCAGUGUCAAAAACAUUCACCUGGUGUUUAGUCUGUUCUUUAUUGGUUACCAGAAUGUUUCUUUAGGUUGUGGGAACAGUCUGGUGGGAACAUUGUAACAAUCAGCUUGGAUUGUAAACUAUGCUACCAUAUAAAAUAAAUACUGUUUUCCUAUGA